AUCUACCAAAACGUCCUUAUAAACGCCGCCGGCCUUUCCACGCAACCUCUUACACACACAUUAGAUUCCUCAAAUCUGUUCUAAUCGCAAACAAUCACACACCAACGAAUCCCAGGUUUUUUUUUGUUGUUGUUGGUGUCUUUACAUUCCGAUUUUUCUGUGUCUCUCUUCGUAUCAAUUCAAUUUUCCCCAACCCCAAACAAUUUCAACGCCACCGUUUUCUCCAGACCCAUCAUCGAUCCUUCUUCUCAGAACUUCAGAAUCAAUGAUUGUUUUUUUUAUUCAUGAAAUUUCAGUUAUGAUGUGCAGGUGGGUGUGAUUAUUUAGUUAGUUAGUUAGUUGAAGGUUGAAGAUUGAAGAAGAUGUAUCACGCAAAGAAAUUCUCUAUGACUAGCUUAGUGCCUCACAAAACACAAGGUGUUGAGCUUGCAGCUGUUCCUGCUGUGAAAAACACUGCUUCUUCUGCUGCUGCUGCUUCUGGCUCUGGCUCUGGCUCUGGCUCUGCUGGAGCCGGGAAGCAACGUUUGCGAUGGACUUCUGACCUUCAUGACCGUUUUGUUGAUGCUAUCACCCAGCUUGGCGGACCAGAUAGUGGGGGCAACACCAAAAGGUGUUCUAAGAGUAAUGGGCGUACCUGGACUUACCAUUUAUCAUGUGAAAAGCCAUUUACAGAAGUACCGCCUUGCAAAGUACCUUCCAGAAUCUCCUGGUGAUGGCAAAGGUUCUAAAGAUGAGAAGAAAAGUUCUGGAGACAGCCUUUCUGGCUCAGAUUCCUCCCCGGGAAUGCAAAUUAAUGAGGCACUGAGGAUGCAAAUGGAGGUUCAGAAGCGUCUUCAUGAACAGCUUGAGGUUCAAAGACAGCUGCAAAUGAGAAUAGAAGCACAGGGUAAAUAUUUACAGAAGAUCAUUGAGGAGCAGCAGAAACUAGGUGGUGCACUGAAAGCUUCCGAGACCUCACCAUCGGAUGAGGCUAAGCAAAAGCUAUCUGAGUCAGAACCAACUGGUGAUGGCUCUGCCGGGCCCUCUUCACCCCGAAAGAAACAGAAAGUGGAUGAUGGACCAACAGAUGGCUUCAUGAUCUCCGCAGUGCUACCAAAAAGUGACCAGAAGAACGAUUUUGUUGGUCAGUGGGACCGGAACUUGUAUGGAAGUGAUGCCGGGUUUGGAUUAGACUUGGAAACUGAGUUCAAGGGGGGAGAAGAUGAUGGUUCAAAAUAGUAAUCGAUGUUGUUAAAUUAAAUGUAGUCUUUUGUAAUGCUUGUGGCAGAAAUUAUAAACCACGUUCUGUGUAAAUUUAUACAUGCGUCCAUCUGUAAAUGUAAUUAAAUACAAAAUCUCUAGUUAUUCUCACGUUGCUGUAAAUGCCUUGUAUUCAGCUGUGGAACGUAUCAGAUACGUUGUGAGCUGGAUCAAAUAUGCUCCUCUUUUCAAUAUGUUUAAGGUGCGCGUUAUUGUU